GCAAGGUUUAACGGAUGCCUCCGUUGACCUCUGGACCCUUAUAGAUCUAAUCGAUCAUGACAUUUUCGGACAUACAGUUCCUCUUAAAUACCGGUAUCCCAAUGACUUUUGAGCUUUGACACGCCAUUUACUCAUUAUCUCGUGGUUAUCAUCACCUACCUCAUUCAUCUCUUCAAUUUGUCGCACGUCUUGAUUCAGGCCAAGUCUAUGCUCAUUUAACUCACAUCCGUUGAGGAUCUUCAACUCAAACAAUUACACGCGAUAUCUAUCGAACGUCUCGUAAUCCUCUAAACGGGCAAUCUUUCCGACCAACCACCUCCCCCCAUCACCCCCAAACCGCCAACCUCGCACUCAAAACUCAGCACACCAACUCACUCAAUCGACGUUCCAGCCACAGACAAAUCACCCCGUCAGUUCCACCCGCUGAAUCCCCCUGUCAAGGCCUCUACUCCAAUUGGAACCGGCAGCGGCCUCCCUCUUUCAGCAGGUCCAGUUCUCUCCACCUCCACUAGCUCCAGCGUAGAGCAGUAGCCAGGGCCUCUCCAGGAUUUCUCCAGCCCGCGCCGUGUCUUUUUAGCCUCUAGCCCUCAAAGUGGUCUAAGUUUUGCAACUAUAGAGGUACCGGCUCACAGUGCCCCUCACGGCUUGAGCUCCACCCACUAGAUAGACACAGCCAAUCAUCAUCUGUCGCUGGCCCCCCGGCCCGGUUUCGCUCGCCCCGUCCCCCAUUCCUUUGGGCUCCUUCCUUCUCUUUUUAUCCUUUACGCGGCCACUUUCGCACCUGCCGUUGGAUCUGUCUCUUCUCUUGCUUUGCCUUGCCUUGCCUGUUCUGCCACUCCACCUUCGCCCUCCCGGCUAUUCUCACCUCAUCAACUACUCACUUCAAGUCGAGUAUCUUCUCCUUCUUCUGUGAAGAAAGGGAGAUUCAUAUCACAGACAUCGCAUUUUCUGCAUUCAGAGGGCGAUUGCUGAGGGUUGGCAAUUAUUAACUUUAAUUGCCUUUGCCCGUGCAUUAUUUGCCGCCCUGCAUUUGCGAGCGUUUGUUCUUGAACGGUCCAUGGUACCCGCACGGAAGCCCGCGAGUUAAUUCGAGCCAGCCUCACUGCUCAGCAUUUAUUCUGGCAUUUGCCCGAAAGCAAACAUGGUCGCCGUUAAUCAAAUUCUGACCGAGGUCACUCAUGUCGUCAUUCGCGCUGCCGCCGCGGAAGAUCCCUCAUCGACGACCUCUCACGCAGCUGCCGAGACGACAGACAGCGGAAAUGAGAAGAAAGACAACGGAGGCGGGUCGAACUCGCCUCUUCUCUUCUUUGUUGCUUUAGGUUUCGGUGUUGUCUUUACAAACUUAUGGAUCAUCGUUGGUGUUAAAUACUGCUUCCGUUAUAACGCUCGAAAUCGACAAAUGCGAAUGAAUGAAGAUGGCGAGCCUAUCACCCUUGAAAACAUGCCUCGACCUCAUCGCAGACGCCGCGAGAAGAAGUUGAUGACUAUGGACGAAGUCAACGACAAGUUCCCGAUGAUGAAGUACAAAACAUGGGUUUCCGAUCGCGCAAAGGAGGGUCUUCCUACAACCGGUGGCGUUUCUGCACCUCCUACUCGACCUAACAGUAUUCGAGAGGCGGAUGGAAUUGUGCCAGACUUUUCAGCAAAGGUACGCGAUUCGACCGACGAGCAACCGGCGACCACCGUACCAAAGACGAAUGGACAGGGAGAGACAACGGGAGCAAGCAAUGCCACCGAAACAUCGGCACCCGAAAUUGCCGCCACAGCUGUUGUGCCCGAGACUGAGAAGCCAAAGGAAACACCUAAGACAACCGAAGGCCAAACCUCAACCGAACAGACAGCAAACAACAACCGACUUCAGCGAAUCUCUAGUGAGGAGACCGACGAUGAGGAUGACCACAUUGAUGGCGCUCUGCCACCCGAGUGCCUCGAGAACCCGGGUGAUACAUGUGCUAUUUGCAUUGACACACUGGAAGACGAUGACGACGUUCGCGGAUUGACUUGCGGCCAUGCUUUCCAUGCCGUCUGUGUUGACCCUUGGCUGACAAGUCGACGAGCUUGCUGCCCGCUUUGCAAGGCCGACUACUAUGUUCCUAAGCCUCGGCCGGCUCCUGACGCUGCCAACGAAGCUGGUGCCAACAACGGUUCAAGCUUUGAUCCUCGGAAUAACCCACGCUUUGGUCUCCCUGCUGCGAUCCGCUCUGCAUGGAUCAGGGGUCCCCGCAAUGGCCGCAACGAAACUCCGGCCCCCGCCAGUCGUCGACGUCGGACGGGAGACGCCGCAGCUGAGCAGGAGCCUGUCCAACAGCCGGAACAGGCUCACCAAACACCAGAAGUUACUCAAACAUCAAAUGGUGGUGUCUUGUCGUCUGUUCGAGGUGCUCUGCGUUUCGGUCGAAGGCGACAAGCACAAGAUAACCAGAAUGGUUCUGAGACUGUAACACCAUCACAACUUGAAGCGGCGAACCGCACACCUGCUGCCACGUAAUGAUGUGUACCUGACUUUUAUUCUUACGUAAAGUACGCGACUGUUUUUUAGCGAUGGUUUUCUCUCAUUUUUCCCCAGCAUGAGGUGCUGGGCACAACCGUCACGAAUCUCGACAACAUAAAGGAAUUGACUUUUGACGACACAGCAUUUAUUUUAUACCGCAUGACAUAUACGUGGGGCGACAGCAGGUCGGUGAGGUGUAUAUCCGGGUGAGGGUGAGGACGGACGUAUAGGCUCGGCGAGCUAUAUAUACCCCUGAGGCGGCGUGCGUGGUCGUAUCAUGCUUCGCAGGCCAUAAAGGCAAUGAUGGCGUAGGUAGUGCGAAGGGAGGAAUCACCAUUACUCUCUGGGGAUUGUCUAUCUGUAAGACAGCUAUUGUAUUUGCAUUGGGCUAGAAAACAUGGCUUUUAGCUGGACGGGAACGGAGCGGCGGAGUUUAUGGGUUCUGGGUCUUUGAUAGUUAGAUGGCGCAAUAGAAUAUUUGUUCCAUCUGCAUACACACUUUGCUCCUGACUAGGUACCUAGGGACGGUGAAUAAUAGAAAUAAAGGCUAAGCCAUAGGUAACUUGUAUUAAUUGAAACACCGUCUCUGAUUGGUGAAUAUGGCUAGCCGUUUUUCAUCUUAGAAACGCUUUGAAGCUAUUCCUAG